AUGGUCUGUGGAAACCCCAAAGGCCCCCCACACCCGGUCUCCAUUAAUGGAAAACUCUUGAUUCCGCUCAGCGCCGGGCACCGGGUCUGUGAGCCGCCUCCCCAUCCAAAGCCCGCGGCAGGCGUUCGCCCGGAGCGAGGCGCGGGGACCGCGGGAUGCCAGCAGUCGCCGCACGGGUCCAGGGCGUGGCGUCCCGGGGACGCCAAGGCGGAUCCCACCGGCCGCCCGCUUACCUGCAAGGCCAGCUGUUGGCUGCCGGCGCCCGCCAGGCUGCGGUGGGAGCGAGAGCGGCGCGCCUGCGCGCACCGGGGGGCGGGCUCGUUCCCAGCCCGCAGGCCUGAGCCGCCAGGGCCGCGGGGUUUCACCCGCCUCCUGGCAGUGCUUGCCGAAUUGCCCCUUCUCCCAGGACCGGUUAAGGCGAAGUGGGUCGAGAUUUUUGAGUUCUGGCGACCUCAGAGCCGGGAGAGCGAGCCUCAGGGACCUCCAUCUGGCUGGUGGGUACCAGGCAAGAUUGCACCGCCACAAGCACCCAGUUCGAGUAGCUGUUCCCACCACGCCUGCCCCGCACUGGAGAGGAGGAGCUUCGAGCUUCGGAAAACUCCCCUAGGGAGAAGGACGUGUGCAACCGGAGGGCAGGAAGCCUCGGACCACACGGGGUCUGGUCGUGGGCUUGCCUGGCAUGAAGGACCUCAGCUGCGUACUGCCCUGCCACUGGCCGGUGGUGUGACCUGGGAACAUGAGCUCACCCUCCUGGUCUCCCAUUUGAACACUGUCUUUUCAGUAGGAUUCCGUGGUGUUUUGAUCAAGUUCAUCGUGAUUAGUUUCCCUAACUCGUCUCUCCACCCGACCUCUCAACUUUUACUGGUUUUUGUAACACAAUAGCUGUCCCUAUUGGUGCUGCAGCUGUAACUUCACAUAGACUUGGGAAGUCAGGAGACUCAGGCUUUCAAGGGAAGAGAAUGCACGGUUUGGGUGUUCCCAGCACCUAGUACAGAAAAAGAACAGCGGUCUGUUUGCCUUAGGCUGAAGCCACCAGCCACCUCAGGCUCCAGGUGAAACAUGGUUCCCAUCCAGUUGUGGGUAAGUUCUCCCAAUUGCUGUGAUCAACAGCU